AUGGAUUCACACUCACUAGAAACUAGUCCUUUGACGCGAGGAGGCAAAAUGCCGCAGUUGCCCUUGGAAUCACGGGAGGAACCAGUCCAACGGCGCCAUAAUCGACAGCAAGAGAAAGUCCUCAAUAUCGAAGAGCUACCACCUCUCUUUCGGUGUAAAUCAUACAUAGAGGUUAGAAAUGUCAUCAAUACCGGCAAGGGGGCCGUAGCAGACAUCUUUCGAGGCUACAACCCUCUUCACUGGUACUGCAACGCAAAAUCAACUUGUCCGAAAAUCAUCCAACAGUUGCUUCAAUCUGGAAUUGAUAUAAAUGCAGUAGACCAACGACCGCAUAACCGUAACGGACCUGUCAUUCGACAUACAGCGUUAGGGUACGCAUGUCGGAACGCCAACGUCAAGGCCGUUCAUACCUUACUACGGAACGGUGCGGAUCCGAGUGGACUCGCGAAACUAGACCUGCCAAAAAAAGAUACGGAUGGCAAUGAAGUUGUGUAUCCAAGCCCUCUGCAAGAGCUCCUCUGCCAACCUGUUCACGGGCCACGUCUAGGCAAAUGUCCGUGGACCUACCACUUAAACGACGAAGAUGAGGAGAAAGACGGUUAUCUGGAUGAAGAGGAUCCUGAGCGGCUUCCCGAGUUCCGGAGAAUAGCCGCCGGGCCAUCAGAAAAUACGCCCCUAUGUGAACUUUGCGCAGAUAAUUACCAUAUUUGGGACCCAUGGCCGGAAAAUGAAGAAGAGCGGCUAGCGGCGCGCGAGCGAAGACAAUCGUGUUACUACGGCCAACUCAUUCGACUGGGAAACAGACUCAAGACUUGCGUCCAACUACUACUUAACUACAACCUUUCAGAUCCGCCAGUCUCUUUCCCCGAGUGUGAUGACCCAAACCUAUGGUCCGGAAUUGACUUGCUGCUGGAGACAUUCUGGCGAUUCUUCUACCCCAUCGCCUUGUGCGAGAGCUCAAGAGGGACUUCUCUGAAAAGGGACUUCCCAGAAUCUCCUGGGCAACUCACACGCAUUAUUUCCAAGACAGUGUUUGCGCCAUAUGGUGAGAUUGGGGAUAUGUUAGUGGAAACCGCGGGAUACAACGGCGAGGGGUGGGCAUUUCGCGGCGAGGCACGCGGCACAAACCGUCUUGUAUCGUUGAUCUCCAUACACCCCAAUCUCGAAUCUUUCCGGGAAGGUGAGUUCUUUGAUGCUGAUGCCCAGAUUCAAGCACAGUUGGAAGCUAUGUCUAACUAUCAGAUCGGGGUGGCGCUUUGA